AUGGUUGGUAAUGAUGUCUUCUUAUUUAUUACAGCUGUGUGUUUUUUAUUCAAUUUCUCCAUCAUUGUUAAUGCCAACUCAAAUGCAUAUCAACAAGUUCAAAGUAGAACAUGGAAUCAAGCCAUCUCUAUGGCCAAAUCAUUUGUGGCACAAUUAACAUUAGAAGAAAAAUGUAAUAUGACAUCUGGUGUUAAAGGCUCAUGUGCUGGCAACGUUCUAUCUGUACCGCGUCUCAAUUUUACUGGUCUUUGUUUUCAAGAUGCACCAUCUGGUGUUGGUGAUGGUGUUCAACGUUCAACUGCUUUUCCGCCUGGUGUACAAAUUGCAGCUACUUGGGAUCGAGAUUUGUUCUUUAAACGUGCUGUUGCAAUAGGAGAAGAAUUUCGUGGUAAAGGUGUUCAUUUUGCUUUGGGUCCAAUGAUGAAUAUCGAUCGAAAUGCUCGACAUGGUCGAAAUUGGGAAGGAUUUGGUGCUGAUCCAUAUUUAUCAGGAGAAAAUGCAUUUUAUUAUGUUCAAGGUCUUCAAGAUCAAGGUGUUGUUGCAACUGCCAAACACUACAUAUGUAAUGAACAGGAAACUCAUCGUUCCGCAGUUGCGUCACGUAAUCAAUUUCGCCCAGAUAUGAUUAAUUAUGUGGCCUAUUCAGCCAAUCUUGAUGAUAAA